GGCCGGGGUCGCGGACGCGCACUGCGGUUGCUAUGGAAACGGCGGGACACCACAAGUCCCCAGGUCCCCAGCGCACGGGGCCCUCGGUGCCAACGGCAGCUCGACCGCCGACCUCGUCCAGCCAGUGCCCGGUCGUGGCCGGCAUGAGCGCCCCAGCGCCGGAGGCGGCCCGCGCUGCGCGCUGUGCCGGGAGGCCGCUGGGGCGGCGUCCCGCGGGGAGGAUGAGUGGCUCGGGCGCCAGGCCCAGCCACCUGUCGCAGCCAGUGGUGAAGAGCGUGCUGGUGUACCGCAACGGGGACCCCUUCUUCGCGGGUCGUCGCGUCGUCAUCCACGAGAAGAAGGUGUCCAGCUUCGACGUGUUCCUGAAGGAGGUGACGGGCGGCGUUCAGGCGCCCUUUGGAGCCGUCAGGAACAUCUACACCCCGCUCACCGGCCACCGCAUCCGGAAGCUCGACCAGAUCCAGAGCGGGGGCAACUACGUGGCCGGGGGCCAGGAAGCCUUCAAGAAGCUCAAUUACUUGGACAUAGGAGAUAACAAGAAAAGGCCAAUGGAAGUCGUUAACACAGAGGUAAAACCAGUAAUCCACAGCAGGAUCAACGUGUCGGCACGCUUCAGAAAGUCGCUGCAGGAACCCCGCACGAUCUUCCUGAUUGCAAACGGAGACCUCAUAAACCCAGCUUCCCGCCUCCUCAUCCCGAGAAAAGCCCUGAGUCAGUGGGACCACAUACUACAGAUGGUCACGGAGAAGAUCACGCUGCGGAGCGGGGCCGUCCACAGACUUUAUACUUUAGAAGGAAAGCUUGUGGAGAGUGGGGCAGAGCUGGAGAAUGGGCAGUUUUACGUGGCUGUCGGCAGAGAUAAGUUUAAGAAAUUGCCUUACAGUGAAUUACUUUUUGACAAGUCAACAAUGAGAAGGCCUUAUGGUCAGAAAGCUUCUUCACUACCUCCUAUUGUAGGAUCCAGAAAGUCUAAAGGGAGUGGAAAUGAUCGCCAGUCUAAGUCAACCAUUGGCUCCAGCGACAACUCAUCUCCUCAGCCCCUCAAGAGGAAAGGGAAGAAAGAGGACGUGAGUUCAGAGAAACCAACAACAGUGAAACAAAACGUAAAGUUGCAGAAUUCACAGCAAACAGUUCCAAGCAGCGUGAGCUUUCUAGUGGCACAUAAUGUCUACAGAGAAGGGUGCUUCAAUCUUGGUGACUCUGCAGAAACAGGAUGGACACUUGGGACCGGCAGCCAAGACCUGUCCAGCAGCUUAGAGACCCUUCCCCUCCAAAGACAUCACCCUGGGGAGAAACCCAGUAACCUGACUUCUGUCAUCAUAGUACUAGAGGAAGGCAUUUUCAAGGCUGGAGCAGAGAGGUCUGAAAUGCGGGGGGCAGCAGAAGUCCAAGAGGAUGAAGAUACUCAGGUGGAGGUUCCAGUUGAUCAGAGGCCAGCAGAAAUAGUAGAUGAGGAAGAGGAUGGAGAGAAAAUGAGCAAGGAAACAGGACUGAAGGAAGACUUUUCAGGAAUGAAUGGUGAUGUGGAAGGUGAUGGCGAGAGGGAGGCGACAGAUGGCCCUGAGGAGGUCGAGGAGAUCCCAGGCCCCAGUGAGGAGCAGGCAGUCCCCGCUCGUGUGAGUAGAGGCACGGACGAGGAGAAUGGUGAGGAGCUGGACCCCGUCAGCAAUGAGCUUCAGCGGGCAGUUGAUGAGGAGAGAAAGUCUCGAGGAGCUGGAAGUGGACACGACGAGGCUGAUAUAGACCCUCAAAGACCACCAAGGCCAGAAGUGAAAAUCACAAGUCCACAAGAAGAUGAAAAUGAGGAACAAAACAAGGACUAUGCUGUUGUGGCGUAGGCGAUUUUUUAGAAAGAAGAUAUAUGGAUUACAAGAAAAAAGAAUUAUAAUACUUGAAUAAUAAGUGCACAAUUCUUGCUAAACAUAAUGAAACACUAUCACUGAAUUCUACCUACUGCAUGUUAAAAAUCAAAGGCCUUGUUGGAAAAACUCGAUAAUUUGUAGUAACUACAGGAGAAUGGCUUAUUUUUAUGGCAUGCAUUUUUAAAAGUUGGAAAAUUAAAUGGGACAGAUAGAGGAGAGUUUGUACAGGAAGGUAAUAGACCACUUUGUGAAAGAUUAAAAAAAUAGGAUCAGUCCUUUUAUAUAUUUUACUAUAAAUUUAGAAGUGAGAUCAUUAGAUGGCAGCUUAUUCUGAAGCACUUACGUAAGGCAUAGAAUUUUAAAGAAUUGGUAUUAGGAAAGAAUGUACUAUUUCUUAAGGCAAUAAACUCUUGGAUGAACAAAUUGCAGUUUAGUUUCAGAUGUAAUUUGGAGAUGGCAAUAGAUUAAAAUGUUUCCCUGACUUGUUGACAUUCCUUUCUCUUUUCUUCCUCAGCCAAGAUCUACCUUAAUCAAACUAAAAAGACAGUAGAAGCUGUUCAUUUUGGAAGGAGGAAGCAUUUAUUCAGAGCAUUUGUGAUUAAUAUUGCCAUGCCUUCAGGUUUUAAGGCGUGUGGCUGUAACAGCACACACCCAGGAAGGAAUUAUAAAGGAAUACUCGAUUAUGUUACUAGGUCUGGCUGGCUAAUUUACGAAUUCUGGAAAUUCUGUGAAUUAUCACUGGCCCAGUCUACCUUUAGCAAUAUCCCUUUGUUAUCCAUCAUGUUAUUAUGUUAGGAAACUGAUAUUUUAAAGAUUGGAUUCUCCCCAAGAUUUUUGCUUACUUAUGUUUUUGUUUUCUUUAUUACAAAAAACAAGACAGCAUGAUAGGUAGAAACAAGUAUGUGAAAAGUUUGUGACUACUUGAUUUCAUUUGCCUUUGUCUUAUUUCUAUUAGGACUGUCUGUUUAUUUUUGCUCCUAGGAUAUUGGCGGAUAUUUAUUUUUCUAGCUGGUUGUAUUUAGACUUUCAAUCAGAUUACUUUCUGUAUAAUUAUAAACCAUCUGAUGGAAAUUGUAGGAAAAAACUUUUAAAAUUAUUGUAAUGAAACCAGUUCCUGAUUACAACUUGUGGGCUGAUUAAAUUAAUUUAUAGUCACCCUAUGAGGGAAACAUAGGAAAAGCAUGAUUGAAUUCUCAGAUGAUGCCAUUAGUCCUUAAAUAUACAAAUAAUGUGUUUUUUCUUAUGAUGAAAAUAUAUUUUAAUUAUAUAAAAGUUAUAAAUUGGAUGUUUUAGCUUCUAGUGCUUUUUUUUUUUAAAGAUUUAUUUAUUUUUGAAAGGCAGAGUUACAGAGAGGCAGAGGCAGAGAGAGAGAGAGAGAAAGAGAAAGAGAGAGAGAGUCUUCCAUCUGCUGGUUCACUCCCCAGAUGGCCCCAAUGGCUGGAGCUGCGCCGAUCCGAAGCCAGGAGCCAGGGGGUUUUUCUGGGUCUCCCACAUGGAUGCAGGGGCCCAAGGACUUGGACCAUCUUCUACUGCUUUCCUAGGCCAUAGCAGAGAGCUGGAUGGGAAGUGGAGCAGUAGGGACAUGAACUGGCACCCAUAUGGGAUGCUGGCACUAUAGGUGGUGGCUUUACCCACUAUGCCACAACACCAGCCCCGUCUAGUGCUUUCAUAAAGUUCAUUAUUAAUCAUAAGUUUUAAAGAUAUUUUCUCCCGAAAUGUUUCAUAACCAACCAUUUGGAAUCAAAAUAUUUGGCAGUUAUAUAAAGCACUUAAUUAUACUAUAGGAAACAGAUGUAUUUUCCUUAGCAGUUAUUUUAGUAUUUCCUGCAAAUAGGAAGUUUAAGCAGAGAUUAUAAUGUAACAGUAUUGAAAGUGCUAAUGAUGCAAGGAUAAUAUUAGCCUGGGAGGAUGGAUGGUAAGGGGGGCACCGGGCUUUCUCCUGGGUGCUCACCCUUCCCAGUGGGACAGCGGUAGGCGGUGCAGAUUCCAGGCAGCCAGCCUGUGUUGCUAGGGGAACACAGCUGCUGGUCUCCUAAUUCAGAUUCCUGCACUCUUGCUGGGUCUGGGAUAAAUGAUUUUAAGCAGUUUUUAAAAAUAAAUUUAUGAUUAAAUAUAUAAUAAUUUAUAGUUAAUCAUCAGGUGAUUUUUUUUUCAGUGAAGAACUUCUCCCUCUUUUCCUUCUUUAAUAAAGAUACUCUUUUUUUUUCUUCGUUACAAUAAGAAGCUUAGGUUUUAGGUAUACUCCCUAAUAGUCAUUUUAUGAUGCAUUAUUGAUUUUUUACAUGAAAAAGAAAAUUUUGUAUUUUAAGCAUACCUCAAGAAGCUGAUAGGGUGCAGUGUAUGUACCAAAAUUGUUUAAAAAUGGGGACAUUGUGUUCUCUUAUGUACACAUUUGUGUCAUCUAUGGACAAGAUGUAACUGAGACCUACCUUGGGGAGAUGGAUAACAACUUAGCACUUUAAAACACUUGGCAAACAUAUAUUAUGAAAAGAAACAAUAAUCAUAAAUGAAAUAUGUUGUCUAACCAAGAAAGGAAUCAUUCAGAGAGAGUUACAAUGGUGGCUAUCACUUUGCAGAUGAUUUGCAGAUAAGUGGAAUCUUACCUCUCACAUAUGGCAGUGACUUCUGUGGGAGUGGUGGGCUCCAUGGCUGACUAGAUCCACAGAUUGAGUGAGGCCGACUGCCAGGUUUAGGGCCCAUUUAUGUGAGUAAAUAGAAGAGGUCUUGGUUAGACUUCAUGUUCUAGUUUAUAUAGAGAGAGGGUGCUAUGAAAAACUUAGUUGCUGUUAGGUGAUAACAAAUGUAGUGAGUGCUUAGAGAUGUUGGUUGCAGGUGAUGCUGUGUACACAGAUUUCAUGGUUUUAACUGUGUGAAAUGAUUUUGUUCCGCUUACCUCGAUUUUAAGGCACUGGAAACAGCUGAUUUACUAGUCAAACUGAGCAUUAGGAAUUUUGCCAAGCCAAUAAAGAAGAUUUUUUUUAUUAACUUCAUUUGUAGGCUAAAGACAUUUUACCUGACUUAGCUUCUGUUAAAAUAGUUAUUGAACACUUCUGGUUAUAAAGUGAUACUAUGCCUAUAGGUUAACUUUGUAUUAUUUUUCUCUAUGAUCAUGUGAUGAUCUUUUAUUUAUUAAGAAAUUUUUCUCUGUGAUUUUUGGAGACUGUUAGGAUGCCUGGCUCAUAGGAAGAGUGUGAUAGUGUCAUACCCCUUAUUUUAUUCUGAAAGUGUUAAUUCGUGCUAAGGUAUGUAAAGACAGAACCAUUUCAUACAUGUCUGGCUCAGACGCGGUCAGCUGUCUGCAGAUUCACAAUUGUGAGGUCAUGCUACUAUGGAAUUGUUCAUGCUAGCCCUUCCCGCUUAUACAUCAUAAGCCAACAUUCUCAAAGUUUUCACAAAAUGACCUACAUUACACACAGAGGAUUAAGUUCAUUUACUCACAAAAAAUGUAUCUGUUUUUGAAACAGCAUCUGCAAAACAACAGGAAAGCUUUUGUUCUUCUAGCAAAGUUUCAUUGAAAAAGUAGAGACAUAAACUCCUAAAGCUGAUAGACCAGGUGCGUGUAUCAGAAAGGACAGAGAGCCCACUCUUUAUUCAGACCGGGGUUUCUAUGGACGUGAGUAUGGGGACCCCAUUCCUUGUUUCCCAGGACACCACCUUCUUCUUGCUUUAGUAACUCUCCUAAAGAGAGUUUCAUUUUGACUCAACGAGUAGCAAAGGCAGAGUUUAAAAAGCAGACUGAUUGUUAAACAGAAAAGCAUCUCAUCUCAACUUGCCAGUCUGAACAGAAAUGUAAUGUAUGAAUAAAAUAUAUCGAUAUAAAUCAAAUGCGCAAAUAAAUGCACUCACACACUUUAAAACAUUAAAAAGGCUUCUGCAGGAACAGCAUUACUAGUAGAAUAAUACUCUUUUAGACGAAGCUGAGAGAAGCAAUGUGUAAAAACAUGAGAAGAAAUGCUAAGAAAUAAUAUGUAUUAUGGUUCUUUAAAUAUUAGUUCCCUGGUACUUUAAGGGAUUUUUUUUUCAAGAUAAGAGAGCUACCAGCAUUUUAAUGAAAAAUAAAAUCUAUUCUAGGGAGGAGUGUGGAAAACCUGAUUUUUAAAAAACAUGUGAGAGAUACCACAUUUAAAAAAAAAAAACCAGCAAGACAUAUAAGUCUUGUUUUCAUAAAGGAAAUAAGAGUACAGUUUUUUUUCUUUCUUUUUAGCAGCCUUAAGUACCAUACACUUUAGGAGCAGAAUAUUUCAUACCAGCCCAGGCUCUUUUAAAAGUUAUCACUGUGUGUGUGUGUGUGUGUGUGUGUGUGUGUAAGUGAGAGAGAGAGGAAAAAAGAGAGAGAGAGAGAGAUUUACAUGAAGGUAUUGAGGAAUACUUUCGCUACCAGGUAGCUAGGAACACCACAAGCAGAAUGAAAGACUGACUUACUGGUCCACUAGUUUAUAUAAUGCUCACUCUCAGUGGAGAAGUUUUAGCAUUCUUAUGUGAACAUAAUGCCAUCAUAGAAUGGAACUAUUUUAAUGUUAGACUAUUUUUCUAAGGCGAUGAACCAUAUAGUUCUUUGUUGGUAAAUAUCAUCAACAUGAAUACUGUAAGAUUUUUGCUUUUUUAAAAAAUGCCCUGGUACAUAGAUGGGUAUGAUUUUGGUUUUUCCAUUUUGAAAUUUCUAAAUUUCAUCCCCUGAAGUUUAAGUGAUGCAAAGGAAGAAUAAUGGUGCCAAUAUGCUGAAGAGGAAGAAAUAAUAUUGUUUUUGAUGAGGCAUACAAUCCUGUAGGGAAUUAAGAGCUGGGAAAGAAUGAAAAAAUAUCUGGAUAACCAUAAAGCAUUUAAAAAAUCAGUAGAUAAACUUGGAGCUCCAUGGACUUAAGCCAGCAAUGACUUAGUUUUAAUCAACAAAUGGGACCAGAGGAAUUCCUUGUAGCUUCAUCAGCUUGACCAUAUAAUUUGUGUGUUUCAGUUAUUGUCACAAAUUUAAUGGUAUAUGGUAAGAGGGAAUGAUUCUAGUCGAUUUUAGAAGUUUAGAGAAACCCUAUUUUGUUUUUUUCUUCAGUGUUUUGCUUGUGUCUUAAAUCUUUAAUAUACAGUGCUAAUGAGUGAUUAUUGAUGUUUAGAAAAGAUUGAGCUUUUCAUUUUUAUAUGCUUUGUUUAGAAUAUCUCUCUGUAAAGAACACAUUUGUAUUUUGGUCAAAUUAGAGGCAUUUUAGGUUUUUACUUAUAUAUCACUGCACUCACAUAUGCAACUCUAUUAUAUCUUGAGUAGAGUAGAUACAUUUUAUAUAAUUAAAAGUCUUUAAUGGUUUAUUGUUUGCUUGUGAUAUUAUAUUGCUAGUAUUUCAUGUAUUAAUCCUUUUCACGACAUUUUGCACAAACACAAUUUAAAUAUUUUGAAUUCAAACAUGUAGAAAUUCAGCACACUUAAAGAUGCUUCUCCUUCUGUUCAGCAUAAAUAUUAAACUUCAUUGUGUAAAGAAUUUUUUACAGUUUUAUCUGCAUGUUUAUUUGAUAAAAUUUUAGAUAUAUUUUUAAAAAAUCAUUUUUUUCUUUAUUUAAAUGGUUUUACAAAAAAUCAGGUCCAGAAUUUGUUUGAUAAGUAAAGGUAUCUUUAAAAGCAAGGAAUAGACUAUAUAUGUUAUACCUACUUUGUGUACAGUUUCCAUAGGAAUAAAUUUAUGAUCUUUCAAAGAA